UGUGUCAAAUUUUAAUCAGCAAGCCAUCGUGUAUUUUGGGUGGGGACGCUUUCAAUAUUUUGUUUGAAAAACAGCAUUUAUAAAUUUGUUCACAAGUUUCUUUUUAACGAAAAUAGUUUUUAUUAAAUAUAGUAUAAUGAGUUAUUUGCAAAAUACAUUAACUGCUGGCAUACUCCUCUGUUGCCUGGUACAAUUGGGUUUUGCCAUUAAAUGUUGGGACUGCCGUUCAGACAACGAUCCAAAAUGUGGCAAUCCAUUCGAUAAUAGUUCAUUGGUGAUUACCGAUUGUGCACAGGAACCUGAAUUGCAGCACCUACCUGGCGUACGACCGACAAUGUGUCGGAAAAUUCGACAAAAAAUGCACGGCGAAUGGCGCUACUUUCGUAGUUGUGCCUAUAUGGGCGAACCUGGUAUCGAAGGUGAUGAACGUUAUUGUCUGAUGCGCACAGGCAGUUACAAUAUUUUUAUGGAAUACUGCACAUGCAAUAGCAAAGAUGGUUGUAAUGUAGCCAGUCUGCUUAGUGUGAACAAAAUAGCAAUAUCGCUGAGCACACUAUUAGUGGGUGUUAUUGCUUGGACAUUACGUCUAUAAAGUAAUGCUACCACACUCCAGAUCAUACCAGCAUAACGUGCCUUUUAUUAUAAGUGAUUUAUUAAUCGAAUAUACAUACUUGUAUGUAACUUUUAGUACAAUUAAGAACUGUUAAGACAAAUACUUAACAUUUGAAACGUAUCCGUCCAAAACGAUAGAUUAACUUAAGAGCGUAAUUCAUACAUAAGAAUAAGCAAACGACAUUUGGCAUUCAAAAAAUCAUUUAUUGUAUACAAUAAAACCAAAGUCAAUGUAUUUAUAUUGACAAAUUAAAAUUAA